GCACUGCUUGCUUCGCUUUUCUGUGGGGCGGUUGCUGCAAAUUCAACCUCGUUAACUCACAACUGUGCAGAUGGAUCAGAAAAUGACUGCCCAAAUGACCACUGAGCCCCCCAAAUGUUGCUGCUUCAACAUCAAGACAGCAACAGUCGCUCUGGGGAUCUUCCACAUGGUUAUGAGCGUUUUGCUGCUGAUUGAGUACUCCCUGGAGGUGGCUAGCGGAAAAGGCUUUUGCAAAGACCUGGACAAGGAUUACUACAGAAUUGCUGAUGUCAUCACCAGUUUCCUGUUGAUCACCAUGCUGUUUGUCAUCAGCUUCAGUCUCCUCCUUGGUGUGGUGAAGAAGAGGGAACGACUCCUGAUCCCAUUCCUUGCUCUACAAGUCAUGGACUUUCUCCUCAGCCUCCUAACAAUGUUCAGUUCCUACGUACAAGUCCCAGUGAUCAUUUCUGUGUCCUCCCUUAGCCACAUGCAGGGACACUCAAAGAUCCCUUUCCUGGCUCUGCAGCUGCUGGACUUCUGCCUGAGUAUUCUCACUCUCUGCAGCACUUACAUGGAAGUCCCCACCUAUCUCAGCCUCAAGUCUUCAGACAGUCGGGGCUUUUUGCCAACCCUGGAGAAGUUACCAACAGAGGAAUAUGCCAAAGUGAUGGUCACCUUCACCAUUGCGUUCAUUGCUGUCCUCUUCCUGAAGGCCUAUAUGUUCAAAUGUGUCCUGGGCUGCUUUAAGUAUAUUAAAGCCAGCAAGAGAGAGCAGAUGAAAGUCAACCCAGAAGCAGUUGAAAAGGUAGUGCUGCCAUCAUAUGAGGAAGCCUUAGAGAUGCCUUCCAAGGAAUCCCCACCACCCUAUGCAGCAAUAUAAGCUCCACUCAUGGAGACAAGA